UUAUAAUUUUUCGUUUUCGGGACAAGUCUGAAAGCGAAAAAAGCCCUGUCCCUCCCUCUGUGAAGGAAGCUUUCAAGUCCAAAGUCCCCUCCUUGGCUCCUCCCUCGCUCCAACCGAUUCAUCUCCUCCUCUCUGCAAAACCCCUCUCCCUUUCUACCCCUUUACCUCCAUAGAAUUCUCUUUCACAAGCUCUCCUUCUUCACGCUUUCUCACUCUCUGUCUCCCUCCGUAUCUUUAUCUGUAUCUCUGCAGCUCCAAUAUUGCUGAUUGCAAUGCUUUAGAAACUAAGCAGCCUCCUGCUGGUUCUUCUUAUGGACUAUGAACUUUCAGAUAGUAGUGGCACUGAUGAUGAUCUGCCUCCAUCACAUCCAAAUACAAUCCCGAAGGGAGAAAGAAUUGUAGGAAACGGAAGAUCUGUUGUUGGUUCUACAACAUACUCUAGAAUGCAUACUGACAUGGAGGCUCUAAUUCAUCACCUUGAGCAAGAAGCUUACAGUGCUGUACUGCGAGCUUUUAAGGCUCAGUCUGAUGCCAUUUCUUGGGAGAAGGAGGGUUUAAUAACAGAACUUAGGAAGGAGCUCAGAGUAUCAGAUGAUCAACACAGAGAGCUUCUGACCAGAGUUAAUGGGGAUGAGAUCAUCAGAAGGAUCAGGGAGUGGAGACAGGCAGGUGGACAACAAGCUGCCAGGAGCAGUGCGUCACAACCGAUUCAUGAUCUUGUACCCAGUCCUAGUGUUUCAGGUUCUCGCAAAAAGCAGAAGACAUCCCAAAUGCAGGGUCAACAAGUGCCUGGUUUAUCCUCAAUGAAGUAUGUGCAGUAUCCUUCUACAGGUCCUGCUGGAAACCAUCAUUUUAGUCGCAUUUCUUCUGGAGCCCUUGCUGCAAAUGAACAUGCUGAAGCAACAACUUCUGAUCCAUUAAUCGGAAGGAAAGUGUGGACAAGAUGGCCAGAGGACAACAACUUUUAUGAGGCUGUCAUAACUGAUUAUAACCCUGCUGAGGGCCGACAUGCUCUAGUCUAUGAUAUAAAUACAGCUAAUGAGACAUGGGAAUGGGUUAAUCUCAAAGAGAUAUCUCCAGAGGAUAUCCAAUGGGAAGGUGAGGAUCCGGGAAUUUCACGUCGUGGUGUCCAUGGUGGUCCAGCCCAUGGAAUCAAGAAAUCCAUGAGUCAUGGUGGCUAUCCCAAUGUUGGAAGAGGGAGGGGAUCCACAAAGGGCCAAUCCAGGAGAGAUUUUCUGCAACCACAAAAUGGUUUUCCAAAGAAAGUUUCCGAUGACAUUGAAUUAUUCAACACAGAGUUGCUAGUUCAGAAGGUGGAGAAGGUUUUUGCUUUGAGUCAUCCUGAUCCCCAUGAACUUGAGAAGGCAAAAAAGAUGCUAAAAGAGCAUGAACAGGCACUGAUCGAGGCAAUCUCAAGGCUUGCGGAUGCAUCUGACGGUGAAAGUGGUGAACAGUUCUUUCAUGGCCAAGCAAUGGACAGGGAGUAGAGGUUGAGCAGAAGCAUUUGGCAGAAAACUAUUAUGAUGGUCAAGGAAAGGGCUCGUUUUGGUCGAUUUUUGUCAACCAAGCAAGCUUGUUUAACAUUGUUUUCUUUCAAUUUUUUUCUUUUCCUGAUUGGAUUUGUAUCUUGUACCUCUGAUCCAUUCAAUAGAAACUUUCCACACUUGUAACAUAGACAUGGCCUGACUUUACAGCACACACUUGGAAAAACAGCCAGCCACCCACUUGCUUUUACCUCUUAGGAACCCAUAGACUUGUAGGCUUGACUACCAAAUUUAAUUAAGCUAAUUGUUUCAUUCAUGGGUUUUGACCAUAUUGUAUAAUCAUGCAUGGCAGCUGAUAACAUGCAAGAGUCUUGGAGAUUCAAUGGUUGAUUAUUCUUUUAUUUUUCA